UCUUGCUGGAUUUCUGAAAAGUUAGCUCCCUUAAACUAUUCGAAGCCAACGCACCAUAAAGAGACCAAGUAUUGAAAUUUGAAUCUUUUCCCAAAUCAACUGCCAAUUUAAAUUUUUUUCCCUGAAGAAACCCAUACAUUGCACUCCAACCAUAAUCUUCACUGCAUUGCAAAUAUACCGCAUUUCCAAAGAACAGCCUUAUCCUUCCUUCCAAAACCCUCAAAAGAAAUAACCAGCAUUCCUUCCACUGGCGUUGAACAACCCUAGCUUCUCCCAACACACCAAAUAAUUUAUUCCAGAUGCUCCAAGCAAAAUCAUGGUGCAAGAACAAAUGAAUACCGAUUCAGAAUUCAAAUAGAGUGCACAAACAUUUGAAGAUAAGGUCUUCAAAGGUCUCGUGAUUUGCAUCAGAUUAUUAGGAUUUGGUUCUAUUAAGCACGGUAGAGCUAAAUGAAAGCCUUAAUCUUUGGGGGAUCUUUGGCCUUCUAGAUAAAUGAGCAUAGAGGAAAACAAAAAUUAGAACUGGUCAAAACCUCAAAAAAAGAUUUACAAGAAUAAACCCCCAAAUCAUCCAAAGUCCAUGGCCGAGUAUCACUAGCUGAAGAAGAUGACAAUUGUUCAAUAACGACAACAAGGAGGAGAAUUCCAUCAACUUUCUAUCAAUUAGAGAUCUUCUAAAAUGAAAGUUCCAAGAAACCUGAAGCCCGACCAAAUCAACCGCAAAGAAAUAAAUCAUACUAUCCUGCUCUAAGUUCAAUCGAAAGAGAUGAGGGUAAGAUGUGCAUAGAACAUCAUUCCCCAACCAAAAAUCUUUCCAAAAAUGAAUCCGAGAACCUGUCCCCACCAUAAAAUUAAUGUGAGGUGUGAAUAAGGUGUGAAUCUGAGAAAUAGAUCUCAUGGACUCCUUGGAGAACAUCACAAACUGACACCGGUAUCCCACCCAUUCACACCCAACCCAUGACUUCUAAUCACGUUAUGCCAAAAGGAAUGAUCUUCUAAGGGAAAAUGCCAUAACCAUUUAGCUAAUAGAGCUGUUUUUAGACGCAAAAUUACCCAGACCCAGGCUGCCAGCCCUUCCUCCAUUUUAGACCUCCAAACCUCAUCCCACCUUGCCAACUGAUCCUGGAAACCCCCAACACCAUACCAUGAGAAAUCUCUCAUUAUUUUAUCUAUCGUAUAGAAUUUAAAAAAUUGAAAAAAAAAUAUGAAGGGAUACUAGAUAAACAGGCUUGAAUAAGAGUGAUUCUAACCCCAAGGGAAAAGAGUGCCUCAUUCCAACCAUCAGCCUCUUGGCCACUUUUUCCUUUACCAGGUUCCAAAACUCCUUGGAUCUAGGAUCAUCAUCCCCCUCCCCCCCAAAACAAAGGGACCCCUUAGUAAGUGAGAGGACACUCUAAAAUACCACACCGCACCUUAGAAACCAGCUCUUUGACACACUUUAGGGGCACACUAAUAUUUGAUAAACCACUUUUCUCAUAUUUAUUUUAAUCCCCAACACCCUCUAAUGUAUUUAGUUCAUAUAUGUGAAAUUUACAAUUUAGUAGAUAUUAUUUAUUAUACAAAUAAAGAUAAUUUAUACAUAAAUGAUUAAAUAAAUUGUUUUCUUGCAAACAUCUAAAUUUAAUUUUUCAUAUAAUUUCAAAGUCUUUGUAAUAAUAUUUGGUUUCAGUGAAAAAAAAGAAGAAGAUAAAUUUAGAGAAAUAUUUUACUUUGCAUUUGAAUCUCACAUGUGAACUCCAAGAAAAUUUCAUUCUAUAGUUAUAAAUUUGUCAAGUUCCGCUAAAAUUUUGAGAUAUUGAUAAAUUUUGGAUGAUUCCUUGAAAUUUCGAUAGAAAUUUUGUAUGAUGGAAAUUGAUUGCCAUUUUGAUUUUAAGAGUGAUAUAAAGCAAAAAUUGGACUGAAAUUUUGACAAUUUCAGGGAAAUUUAAGUCCAUGGUAGUGACCGUAACAUAGUUACUUGGGUUGCUGAAAUGGAUUGGAGGUCAGGAUCCAAAUUUCUGAAAGUGCAACUUGUUAACCAUUUUCAAAUAAAAAUCAUACGAAAAUAUUGAGAAAUGUCAAAACUAAUAGUAAGAAAAAUUGCAAACCUCUGUUGAAGUUCAAGAUCGAGUUUGAGCUGUGCUUGAACCUUGAAUGGUAGAACCAUAGAACGCAUAGAUGGUGUACAUGAAAUCGCUGCCACUUCGUGAAGCCUGUGAAAGUGAGAGAAGAGGGCUUCUUGCUGCUGUGAAGCCUGUGACCGUAAGAAAAGAGGGAUCUGGCUUCAUGCUGCUGCAGUGGUGGAUAGAGUCAAAUGGCUGUUUGAGCGAAUGAGGAAUCUUACCCCCUCCCCAUGCAGACAAGUCCUUGAAAUUCACUUGUAAUACUGUACAUUACUUGAUUACAGCUUAUAAUUUAUAUAUUUUAAUUUUUUUAUAGACUUAUUUAUUUGAAGAUCUCUACUCCUUUAUUUACUUAAUAGUAUAAUACUAUUUUAAAAACACUAACAAAAUAAUUUUCAUUGAAAGAAAUAAUCUAGUCAUAGUUGUUGGAAUUGUACGAUUUGUGAGUCAAUUUGACUGAUUUGUAUUCAUUCCACACCAAAUUGAUUUGAAUCUUACUAGCAAAUCUAAAAACAACUGAAUCGUUGCUGAAUCUAUUGACUCACCUAGUCAACCUAAUCAAUUCACAUGAUUUUAGAUCUAUGAUUUCCUGACAAACCCAAUAGGUUUUAAACCCUGUUUUAUUUCUUUUUUCAUUUUUACAUGAUUACUUUCUGUUACUUGUGUGCAUCAGUUUUGUUCUAAAAUAGAGGAGAAAAUAGAACUUUAGAUCUUAUAUUACAAAACCAUUUUUCACUCUUGGAGGAGUUUACUGCUCUACCAUUGAGGAGAAGGGGCAAACACAUGUAGGCUAUGGUGGUACUCAUGUUCUAUAGUGUUUCUAAGAUUCAAAAGUUCGUUCUUUUAGUAGUUUAUUCAAUUAUUGUCAUUUUUUUAAAGUUAAUUAUCUGUUUAUUUUUAAUUCGAGAAAGAAUAAGCAUGAAAUAUAUAUAUUUAAUUAUUGGUAAACACCAAAAGUUCAGAUAUUUUUUUCUUGGUUCCUUGCCUUAAACAGCAUAAAGUACAUUUUAAUUAAUAUUUCUUGACUCAUUCGCUUUACAUUUGUGUAGGGAUAGCAUACACAAAUUAUAUGAUUUUUAUUGUUGUCAAAAUGUAAAUGUAUAAACUGUUUUGUUUGUUUUUUUUUUUAUAUCAAUAUGUGCAUGCCAUUUAGAAUUGAUUCUGGGAAUUUGUACUGGAUCUUGCGAUUUGGCUUUAUUAGAUUCUCAAUUCUCAAUUCUCAAAAUUGGAAUUGUGAUCAUGAUUUGAAUCUUGUUUUGAAAACUUUGAAUUUAUUAAUUAAUUGUUGUUGCUCAUUUAUAAUUUAUAUAAUUUAAUUAAGAAUAAUAGCAAUUUUUUUCUAUGCUCUAUAUCAUGGUUUUAAAUAACGGCCGUUACGUAGCGUAACGGCCGAUACGUAACGGAAAUCAGAGGGCCCGAAACCCAUACGGGCCGAUAUCGCGGUUCGGAAAAAAUUCACGGCCGUAACGGCCGUUACGGAGGCGUAACGGCACGUAACGGCCGAUACUCCAACGUUACAUGUCGUAACGUCCGUUACGGACCGUUACAUGGCCGACAGGUAGCAUAUUCGCUGACGGGCAGCAGGCAGCAACGCUGCUUUCCCCCUCUCCCCAGUCCCCACACCCAUCUGCCAUUCAAAGGCUAAAAAGGAAAGUUACAAACUGACCUUGAAAAUUUGUUGGCCUUCGGCAAUAAGAAGGCUUCGAGGCUACCGAGCAGAUCUACUCAGAAUUGCAGACUUGCAGUUCCAGGCUUCCAGUUCCAGCAACUUGGCGAGUCACCGGCGACGGAAAAAGGUCUGCAGCAGCUCCGCCAGUCAUCGCAGUCGGCACCUUCCUCCGCCAGUCGUCGCAGUCGCACCAGCCAGCCUCUCGAUUUCAGCUUCGGAGACUCGGAGCUUGGAGUCAUCGCUGGCUCGCUGCUUUUGCUUCGCUCCUUCGACUGUUCGAGGCUCCUCUGAGUUCCCUCGAAUCCCUCCUCUCUCUCGGUCUGACUCGACUACAGGCCUCAGCAGAUCAUCAAAUUAAGUCUAUCAAUAUGUCACGUGAUAGAGGAAAUGAAAACUUACCUAGUGAAGAUAUUGGAUGGCAUUUUGGUACUGCGGUAGACGGUAAUAGACAUGUUAUUAUGUGUAAAUUAUGUGGGAAGAUAAUCAAAGGGGGCAUUACACGCUUGAAACAACACUUGGCACAUAAAAAGGGUCAAGUAGCUGGAUGCUCAAAUGUGACCACACAAGUAAGAGAACAAAUGAUGAAACAUCUACAACAGUAUGCUGAGAAGAAAAGAGAUAAACAAAAAAGGCAAGAAGAAGCAGAAGCCCAAAUUAGAGGAGAUUUUGAGAAUUUGAGCGAUGAAGAAGACUUGGAAGAAGAAAGUAUGAGAUUUGCUCGACAAGAAAGCAUGCGAUCACAACAACAAUGGGAAGAUAGACAAAGAUUUCGAGCAAGAACAACUGGAAGGGGUAAUAUUUAUGAAGAGGGAGGUGGCUCUGGCAGUGGUGCUACCAGUGGUUUCAAUAGAGCAGGAGCUCGAUCUUAUAGUGGUCAAGAAGCUGGAGGUAGUGGACGACAAUGGAUCAAUCCUGAUGCCCCUGAAGCUAGACUAAAGGCAAUGGAUCCUAUUUUAGAAAGAAGCAAGAGUGCGAAACAACCAAAACUCAACACAAAGUUACUGAAAGGUUUAAGAAGUAAAUUAGGAAAAGCGGUUGGAAAAUUCCUAAUUUAUAAUCGGAUUCCAGCGAAUGUAGCUGACUCUCCAUUUAUGCAGCCUAUGCUUGAUAUUGCUGCAGAGGUUGGAAAGGGGGUGAAGGGUCCAUCACCCUAUGAGAUAUCUGAAAUUUAUUUGGAGCAAGAGUAUCAAGAAAUGAAAAAUUAUAUAGCUUCUUUUGCUGGAAUUUGGAAGGAAAGAGGUGUAACACUUAUGUGUGAUGGUUGGUCAGGACCAACUAGAAAACACAUUAUAAACUUUUUAGUUUAUUGUGAUAGAGGCACCGUGUUUCAUAAAUCAGUUGAUGCCUCUGAUGUGCCAAGCAGAACAGCUGAAUAUUAUUUCAGAUUAAUGGAUGAGGUGGUUGAAGAAAUUGGAGAGGAGAAUGUUGUCCAAGUAGUGACUGAUAAUGAAGCUGCAAUGAAGGCAGGAGGAAAAUUAUUAAUGCAGAAGAGGCCCAAUCUCUAUUGGACAGCAUGUGCAGCUCAUUGCAUAGACCUUAUUCUUGAAGAUAUUGGUAAGAAAAGUAACGUGAAGAAGGUCUUAGAAGAUGCAAGAACAAUAACCUCAUUUAUUUACAACCACACAUGGACAGUGAAUUUCAUGAAGAAAUUCACAAAUAAUAGAGAGUUACUUCGCCCUGCCAUCACUCGAUUUGCCACAAAUUUCAUUGCUUUGGAGACUAUUGUCAGGCAUAAACAAGCACUAAGGGAAAUGUUUACAUCUGAUGCUUGGAAAAACUCAAGGUUUGGAAUGGCAAAAUCAGGCCCAGCAUAUGAUUCAAAGAAAAUUAUCUUAGGCAAAGAGUUUUGGCAAAAGGCCUCUGAUAUAAUUAAAGUGCAAGAACCCUUGGUGAAAGUUCUUAAAUUGGUUGAUGGUGAUGAAAAACCAACCAUGGGCUUCAUAUACGAGGCAAUUGAUAGGGCGAAGUUGGCCAUUCAAAAAGAUUGCCGGUUUUACAAAGACUAUUGGAAAAUUAUUGACAACCGGUGGAGUUUUCAGUUGCACCAAGAUUUGCACGCUGCUGGGUAUUUUUUGAACCCACAAUUUCUUUAUGGUGCCCCACCCUCUCCUGAAGUUGCUAGAGAAGUCAUGGAUGGAGUUAAAAAAGUGAUAACCAAGUUGGUACCCGAUAUAGAUACUCAAAUUCGGGCUAUUAAUCAAUUGUUGCUAUAUCGAGAUAGGCAGGAGACUUUUGGAACCCCGUUGGCUCAAAGGGCAGUGAAACAAACAAAUCCUGCUGAAUGGUGGAUUCAUUAUGGCUUGUGUGCUCCUGAGCUCCAAAGAAUAGCAAUUAGAGUUCUUAGCCAGACCACAUCAGCUUCGAACUGUGAGCGUAAUUGGAGCACCUUUAGCCUCAUCCAUACGAAAACAAGAAAUAGAUUAAAGUAUAUGAGACUACAAAAACUUGUUUUCGUACAUUACAACAUGAGGUUAAAGUUAAGACGUACAAUGAGAAGAAGCCAACGAGAAAUUGAAGAGGGUUUCAAUCCUAUCAAUUUGGACUACAUUUUCGAAGAAGAUGAUCCUUUAAGUCAAUGGUUAGAGGAGAGAGAGACACCACUACUCGAUGGUCAGGACAAUUCAAAUUGGUUAAAUGAAGAGGUUGGUGGUACUACAGAAGGAGGUGAUCAACCACCAAUAAACGCGCAUGAUGAUUCAGGUUCAAGCCCUGAACGUACACAAAGUGAUGACAAUCUUGGUUUGAGCCCACCAAGUGAUGAUGAUGGUAAUAGUGGUGCUGGAGCUGGGGUUGGGGGGGGUGGCAGUGGUGGUGGUGGAGGCGGCGGUGUAGAAUAUAAUUAUGGAUAUGAUACAGGGACAUCAUUUGGAAGGGAUAUAUAUCCUUCUGAUCCUUAUGGACUACAUGACAUACCUGAAAAUUAUGACUUGGGUAUUCCUCCAGGGAACCAAUCUUCACAACCCAGGAGAAGGAGGAGUGCUCGUGGUGACCCUAGCGAUUCUACUGAAGAUUCAUAUGGUGUGGUUCGUAGUUUUGGCGACUUUGGUUUAGAUGGUUCAUCAUCACAAUCAUUUGGAUCUCAUCCAGCAUAUCCACAUUAUGCAUCUCGUGACUCACAUUUUUAUCCCAGUGGAUUAGGAAUCUCAGGAUCUAGUGAGUCUUCUUCUACACACUACCCAGAGCCAGCCCCUGCCCCAACUUAUAGACAUUAUUCAGGAGAAUUUUCAUCACCAGUACAUUUUCAAGAGCAACAACAAAAUGAUGCAAACUUGGGUUCAUUCAACUAUGUAUUUCCACAAGGAUGGGGAGAUAAUUUCCCAUCCCAAUCUCAAGAUACAGAUGCAAAUUAUGAAGACCCUCCACGUCAUUCUUUUUGGUGGUGACAUGUGUUAUAUUAUAAAUUUGUAAUAUUGUAUUCAUGUAUUUUCAAUUAUUUAUUGAUAUUUGAUAUUAAUCACUUUUUAAAUUCAUGUAUGUGUAAUGUGUAUAUUGAGUAUUAAGUCUA